AUGCCGGUGCAUCACCUCAUGGUCGGCACAUGGACGCCCCCAGGCGCAAUCUUCACCUUUGCAUUCGACGACGAGGCGCUCACGCUGAAGCUCAUCGCUCGCACCGAUAUUCCUCGCGAUGAACCCAUCUCGUGGAUGGCGUUUAGUCAUGACAAAAAAACCAUCUACGGCGCCGCCAUGAAGAAGUGGUCCAGCUUCAAGGUCUCCUCGCCCACCGACAUCGUCCACCAAGCCUCCCAUCCCAUGCUUCACCACCCGUCCCCCUCGACAAACACCCGCGCCAUCUUCCUUCUCCCCGCCCGGAAACCCCCCUACGCAGUCUACUGCAACCCCUUCUACACCCACGCCGGCCACGGCUCCGUCUUCGCCGUCGACCUGGCCUCGGGCGCCCUCGCCUCCAACGUCCAAAACUACGAGUACCAGCCUAACAGCGGCAUCCACGGCAUGGUCUUUGAUCCCACCGAGACGUACCUCUACUCCGCCGACCUCUCCGCCAACAAGCUCUGGCUAGAGCUCGUCGGCUCCGUCGAGUGCCCCGACCCGCGCGACCACCCCCGCUGGGUCGCCAUCCACCCCUCGGGCAACUACCUCUACGCCCUCAUGGAAAAGGGCAACCGCCUCUGCGAAUACCUCAUCGACCCGGCCACCCGCAUGCCCGUCUUCACCCACCGCCACUACCCGCUCAUCCCGCCCGGCAUCCCCGACCGCUGGACGCAGUACCGCGCCGACGUCUGCGCCCUCUCCCAUUCGGGCCGCUACCUCUUUGCUUCGUCCCGCGCCAACAGCUUCGACCUGACGGGCUACGUGGCCGCCUUCAAGCUGUCCGAGUGCGGCGCCAUCGAGCGCCAGAUCUGCCUCAAUCCUACGCCUACCAGCGGAGGGCAUAGCAAUGCCGUGGCGCCGUGCGACUGGUCAGACGAGUGGAUCGCCAUUACGGAUGAUCAGGAGGGCUGGCUGGAGAUUUAUCGGUGGCAGGACGAGUUCCUGGCUCGUGUCGCGAGGGUGCGUGUUCCGGAGCCGGGAUUCGGCAUGAAUGCCAUCUGGUAUGAUUAG